AUGGAUGGGGAGGAGAACCCCCACAGGGAGAAGAGGCAAGAUGAGGCACACGCCCAGGAUGGGUCCAACUGUAGUGAUGAGGGAGGGGAGAAUAAUGACAGUGGGAGAGCAGCUCCCCUGUGUGGUGUAUCCUCAUGGGGAGGGAAAAAAAGCAGAGGAGAGAUGGUAAAUCUAACCCUACGUGGUGACUCCCGCAGUGGAGGGGACCCACCAAACCAAACCAUUGUCAGUAUACACAAAAAGGUGGAAGAAGCAACCACCCACGACAACGACCUGGUGCACCUCAAACCGGGGUUCAAACUACUCCGUAGCGGUCACGAAAUAUACACCCUGGUAGAUGCAAAAAAUGAAAUCAAGCAAGAACUGAAUAACAAGCUAGAAGUCUUAUGUAAAAAAUCGCUAGUCAUCAAAAACACAAUCCCGUCGUUAAGGAACAUAUACAAAUAUGGAAAAAUUACGUGCAAAAAUGUGAAGAGGUCCAUAAGGGCUUCCUUCACCAUUACGAAUGUCUUCCUGGAGAGAAAAAAAAAAAAAUUACAUCAAGAAUUAAAAAUGGUACAGGACAAAAGCACACAGUUCUUGAAAAAGAUGGACGAACAGAGAAUAAAUUAUCACAGCUAUUUAGGGAUGAAGAAAAAUGAGCUUCAACACAUGGUUAAAUUGAGUGGUCGAAAUGCAGGGCUGUCUCUGGAUUACUAUGUGGAGAAACUGGAAUCAUACAAGUGUCUAUUUUUUUCAAAGGAUCACUUAAUAGAUAUAGAAAAGAAGCUGGAGAUCCCGCAUUCCAAAAUGAAGUCGGAGAAUUUACCUUCUUUAGUUGAAUCCAUGACGGUAGAAGUGUCAGAAGCGAAAAAAAACGUCAGUGAUACCUCUGCAGUGAUUAAGAAGGAAUUUGAGAAACUCUUCAGUUGCAGUAGCGAAAUUUCUGUCUACCCUGCGCACUUUAAACACAUCCUUCAGAAAAGGAUAUACAACAGGCAUAGGGUUGAACCCGUGGAUGGAGACGCGAAGAGGCGGCAGAGAUACUUUCACGUCCUCCCGUUCACCGAUCUGUACAUGAAUAUGGAGCUGACCUAUCAGCAGCAGUUUUGGCGCAAGGACUCCCUGCAUCAGAAGUGGGAAAUCAGGACAGUUUCGCUGCGCUCCAUUUACUUGUGUGUGCACACGCACAAGGGGGCGGUGGGAAGCAGCGUGCCAAACAGCGUGCCAAACAGCGUGGGAAGCCACCAUAGCGCGUUGCCUGCCCAGUCGCCUCUCCAGGAGGACUCUCCCAAAAGUGGGUCUGCCCCAAACAGCCACUUCAUCUCGAAAAACGAGAUAAAUAAUUUCAGCAACGACAUCGAAUCGGUUAUCAGUAUCAACAACGUCACCGUCAAGCUGUUCUCCGACCCGGACAUAACCAAUAUUACCAUUUUGGAAAAAAGGAACCACCCCUAUGGGAUAGAAAUCACAGAGUACAACGAGAAAGGAGAUUUAUGUGGCUACUGGUUGUUGACAACCAAGAAGGAGAGUGACGUUCAUACCCUGUUCAACACGUUGGUGAAUGUAAAGAAGGAGAACAAAACGGAGGAACUCGUCCCUUCCUUCCAUCCAAAGAUAAAUAUGAACAAUCCGUUAUUUCAUUUUCACCAGAGGAAUGUCAAUACGGUGUAUAAGCACUUGGCUGCGAAUCUGGUGGAACAGCCGGUUGAGGUCCCAAUUGGGGAGAAGCCCGACAUGGGGGAGACUAAAGAGAAUCGGUUGAGAGGGGAUGGACUGAGAGGGGAUGGGCUGAGAGGAGAUGGGCUGAGAAGGGAAGAGGACAGCCUCGAAACGAUGCAAAGCAGUGACACGGGUAAUUACAAUUACGACCGGUUCAUGAGGGACUCCAGUUUGCUAUACUACUACGAUGGUAUGGACGACUCGGAGUAUAAGCAGCAUGUGAAGAAAUAUCAAAUAGAAGACUUUCUCCCUGGUCAGGUUAACUUAUCCGAUUCGAAUGACGAGAUGGCACUAGCCGAGUGCAACCAGAACGUGUUAGCUGAGUCUAGCAGCACAGAAUCGAUGAACCCGUUUUCCCUUGGUGGGAGUACGCUGGGGAAGGGUCAAUUAGGGGGGGUGCCCAAAAUGGUUCGCCCGAAUGGGGAUAAUAUAACCGAGGGGGGGGAGCAGCCUCAGACGAAGCUGACAAAGGUGAAAUCGCCUCGUAGAAAGUCACCUCAUGCGAAGUCGCCUCAGAUGAUGCCGCCUCCUGCGCAGGGAGGGGUGAGCGGGGCUAGACUACACACCUUGGGGAUGCAUCCAAAAAAAAGGAACAUAAAUCCACCAGAUAUACACAUCCAUUCUGUGAAGCCUAAUUUAGUACAUGAGGAGCAACACUUUAUGGCUCUGAAUGUGGGUUCUAAUUUCUCUCAUGGGGACUACACCCCGGGGAUGUAUAGCAACGGGGUGCAGGGAAUGAAGUGGGUGAAUAUAGGUCGAGAUAUCAAUACGGGUUGUCACCUGAAUGGGGAUGGACAAGGCGGGAAUGUACUUAGGGGAAGUAGUUCACUCAUUGGCAGCAUUCCAGUUAGUGGUCCACUUGGUGAAGAACGAACCAACGUUGGAGAGCAAACGGGUGAACACUCGGUGGAAAGGAGCAACGGUGAUCUUAGGGUGCACGUUUUUGAUGUUACCACUGGGAGCAACUAUGGAGAUAAACUCGGAGUGAAAAAUGGUCCUAUUUUAAGCCGCCUCCCUGUGGGAGACCUCCCCAAGAUUGAAGGGGGCAUGGAUGAGGCUCAUGAUGGGACCGGGAAAGGAGAACCCCACACGGAUGAAGUAGUUAGAGUGGCUAGACAGGCCCUCCAUUCGACUGCUACGCCAUUGGGGAAUAGGAAGGCAUGCACAGAGUUAGCGACCAUAAAGGAGGGGGGAUACUCUAUGCACUUGAUUCAUCGCACGGAGGAAGGACUCACAGGGGGAGAUACAAAAGUGAGAGAUCUGGAGGAGACAUUCUCCAAAACGGGGGAGUUCCUCAAUAGCGAUGAAGUUACCCGCCAUGUGAGGAGGGAAAACGUAAUAGCGGUGAACCCACCUUAUGGUGGGUAUAAAGGGGAAAGAAUCACUACAUAUGGGGAGCAGGGGCAGAAGCAGGAGCAGAGGCAGAAGCAGGAGCAGGGGGGAGGUGUCCUGAACAUAGUUGAAGACCAUCCCCCUGUGCGCGCUUCCACAGGGGCGAUGAUCCCCUUGAGACAAAUGGACAGCUCAGAAAAGGAGUGCUUCCCCGUGGGAGAGAUGAGUUCCAAAGUGCCUUUCCGGUGUGAAGGUCUCCCAAUUGAGGAUCCCCAGAAGGCGAGCAAAAUUCAUGAUGUGUUGAGCAACGAACGGGGGGGAAGUAACACGAUGGAUUUGCAUGAACCUGAGCGGACUAGCCGGGGGGUGGUAUCCUUAACCUGUGGAGAUGGCAAUGGAGAAGUACGUCCCAAUAGAGUGCACACAGGUGAGCAGAUCCAGAAAGGGACCCACUCGCAGGCACAUCGUAAAAAAAACUGCGUGAGGAGUUCCCCAAUGGAGGAGGACCUUCCUCGGGAAGAACAAAACAGAACGGAGGUCUCCCCGACAAGGAUGGAUAACCACACGGCUAGGUCCAACCUUAGUGUGAUUUUGAAGCCAACAAAUGUUCACGUAGAGGGGCGCGCGAGAAUGGUCCAGGGAACAGAGAACGCGCAGGGCACAGAGAACGCGCAAGGCACAGAGAGCGCGAAGGGCACAGUGAGAUGUGGCGUGGGAAGGCUCAGGUUGCAAAAGGAGGAGAGGCACAAAGCCCCACCCCCCAAGCGGAAGAAAAAUAAUCAGGGCGGUGCAGGUACCUCUGCGUUUUCUACUUCCAAGACCAUGGCUCGCCUCAAGAAGCUUGAUGAGGAACUGGAACCAGCGGGGGACGUCCCUGCGAGUGUAAUCAGUCGAGUGCUGAGUCAGAUAGGCAGUAAGAGGUUGGGGUCUUAG